AUGUCCAGCCAACCGAAGAUGGCGUCGGAGAUAGGGGCUGCCGAGCAGUACGAGAUGGAUCAGCUGGCCGAGGCGGAGAUAUCGCGCCUGCAAAAGCUGCUCCGAACGCUACAAAACGAGCGUGCCUCGUUUCUGGACACGAAAUCGAAAGCAUUGCGCAAGUUUGAGCAAAACAUUCGCGUGCUCGAGAAGGAAAAGCAGCAGCUGCAGCUACAGCUCAACUGCGAGGAGAAUGGAACGCAUUCCAAGCGCGAACAGGAGCUGGAAGCGGUACUGGAGCUCGCCUACGAUCAGCAGGACAAGGCCCAGCAGGCUUUAAAGGCGAAAAAGGACAGCCUGUGGGAGUUGGAGGGCCACAUCAAGAAGAUCCACCGUGAGAUUGCCGAGAUACGGAACAAUGAAGUGACGGACAAUCUGUACAACGAAACCAUUGCCAAGGCGCAGCAGUCCGUCAAGAAGCUGGAGAACCGGCUGGACGUGGUCAACAAGCGUGCCGGUGCGGUGAUGGCUGAGAAUGCGCAAUUGCGCCAAACCAUCGACCACAUGCUGACGGAACGGGCCACUUUCAACAUCAUGUGGGAGAAGCUGGUCAGUAAGCUGAACGAAGGCAAGCGCUACAUGAUCGAUCUGAUCGAGCAGGCCACUUCUGCGUACGACACGCGCGAGGAACUGUGUACCAAGCUGCAGAUCCUGAAGGAUAAAGGCCAGAGCGACAAACUGGCCCACAUUCAGGAGAUGCGCGAGUUGCAACGCAAGCUCGAUCAUGACGCCAAGCUGCAGGAGUUCCUCGGCAUCAAGGGACAACGGCGGGCGAAUGCGGAGCUGGAAGAGCGGGAGGCGCAGAAGCGUAAGAAGAUGCUGGAAAAUCUUGAGAAGCAGUACCAAGAGUACGAACAGAUCAUGACGCGCAUCAUGAACUUCUCGGGCGAGGACGACAUCGACCGGCUGGUGGCAAAGUUCAUCAAGAAGGAGGAGGAAAACUUCGCCCUCUUCAACUACGUCAACGAGCUGAGCCACGAGGUGGAAACGCUUACCGAAAGUGUUCAAAUGUUGCAGGACAACAUCGCGGAACAGAUAGCAAUCAACGAGUCGAAGGAACACUCGCAAGAUGACAACAUCGACGCACUACGCUUGGCCGAACAGCAGUGCCGUGAGGCGGCGGAUACGGCUCAGGAAGUAAAGCUCAAGUUGGACGUUAAGCUGGACGAGCUCUUGCGGAUGGCUGAAAGAAUAUACAAACUGCUCAUGUGCGACGAAGCUCCUAUCUUGAAUCUGCUCAACAACGAACGGCGGGUUACACUGAACAAUGCCAAACUGUUCCUGGGCAUCAUCGAGCGACGUGUGCUGAGCAUCAUUAGCAACGUGACCUACAUCGAACCAACGACAAAGAUCCUUGGCAAGAAGGAUCGCGUACCGAACUUUAACGUGAAGGAAUCGGCGAAGGUGCGCAUCGAAAGGAACUAAGAGAGGGGAACGCACGUGCCUUUUUGUUACGAACAGUUUUGUAUUCAUUUCCACUUUGCUCCAACCAAGUUUUGUGGCACCAAGUUUUGUGAAUGGUUAGCUUUUGGUAGGAAAACGGAAAA